CGUGGCCCGGCGGCUCUGGCUGUGGCUCAUCGCCUCGGGCAGCUUCCACCUGCCCCAGCCAACACCCCUCUUUCAUCCCAGGUCCUUCUCAGCUUCCUGCUGGACUUUCCUGGUGCUGGGCUGCAGCCCCUCUCCUCUCCUGUCCACUUCAGCCUGGACACCUGCCAUGGGGACUCCCUCCAGGAGGAAGUCACACCUGCUGCUGCUGGUGGCUGUGGCCCUGGUCUCGUCUCCAGCUUGGAGCUCAGCCCAGGGAUCCCCGGCCACCUUUGGCCCAAUCUUUGAAGACCAGCCCCUCAGUCUGCUAUUCCCAGAGGAGUCCACAGAGGAGAAGGUGACACUGGCUUGCCGUGCCCGGGCCAGCCCUCCGGCCACCUACAGAUGGAAGAUGAACGGCACCGAGAUGAAGCUGGAGCCGGGCUCCCGCCACCAGCUGGUGGGAGGCAACCUGGUCAUCAUGAGCCCCACCAAGGCCCAGGACGCUGGCGUCUACCAGUGCCUGGCCUCCAACCCCGUGGGCACUGUGGUCAGCAAGGAGGCUGUCCUGCGCUUCGGCUUUCUGCAGGAAUUCUCCAAGGAGGAGCGAGACCCCGUGAAAACCCACGAAGGCUGGGGAGUAAUGUUGCCCUGUAACCCACCUGCCCACUACCCAGGCCUGUCCUACCGCUGGCUCCUCAAUGAGUUCCCUAACUUCAUCCCGACGGAUGGGCGUCACUUCGUGUCCCAGACCACAGGGAACCUGUACAUUGCCCGGACCAAUGCCUCAGACCUGGGCAACUACUCCUGCCUGGCCACCAGCCACAUGGACUUCUCCACCAAGAGUGUCUUCAGCAAAUUUGCUCAGCUCAACCUGGCUGCGGAAGAUCCGAGGCUCUUUGCACCCAGCAUCAAGGCCCGGUUCCCAGCAGAGACCUACGCGCUGGUGGGGCAGCAGGUCAUCCUGGAGUGCUUUGCCUUUGGGAACCCUGUCCCCAGGAUCAAGUGGCGCAAAGUGGAUGGCUCCUUGUCCCCACAGUGGGCCACCGCUGAGCCCACCCUGCAGAUUCCCAGCAUCAGCUUCGAGGAUGAAGGCACCUAUGAGUGCGAGGCAGAGAACUCCAAGGGCCGAGACAGUGUCCAGGGCCGCAUCAUCGUGCAGGCCCAGCCCGAGUGGCUCAAGGUGAUCUCGGACAUGGAGGCUGACAUCGGUUCCAGCCUGCGUUGGGGCUGCGCAGCCGCCGGCAAGCCCCGGCCCACAGUACGCUGGCUGCGGAAUGGGGAGCCUCUGGCCUCCCAGACCCGGGUAGAGGUGCUGGCCGGGGACCUGCGGUUCUCCAAGCUGAGCCUGGAGGACUCGGGCAUGUACCAGUGUGUGGCAGAGAACAAGCAUGGCACCAUCUAUGCCAGCGCUGAGCUGGCCGUGCAAGCACUGGCCCCCGACUUCAGGCUGAAUCCCGUAAGGCGCCUGAUCCCUGCAGCCCGCGGGGGCAAGGUCAUUAUCCCGUGCCAGCCCCGGGCAGCUCCCAAGGCAGUGGUGCUCUGGAGCAAAGGCACUGAGAUUCUGGUCAACAGCAGCAGAGUGACUGUAACUCCGGAUGGCACCUUGAUCAUAAGAAACAUCAGUCGGUCGGAUGAAGGCAAAUACACCUGCUUUGCUGAGAAUUUCAUGGGCAAAGCCAACAGCACUGGCGUCUUGUCUGUGCGAGAUGCAACCAAGAUCACUCUAGCCCCCUCCAGUGCCGACAUCAACUUGGGAGACAACCUGACCCUGCAGUGCCACGCCUCCCACGACCCCACCAUGGACCUCACCUUCAUCUGGACUUUGGAUGACUUCCCCAUUGACUCCGAUAAGCCUGGGGGUCACUACCAGAGGGCCAGUGUGAAGGAGACGGUUGGGGACCUGACCAUCCUGAACGCCCAGCUGAGGCACGGCGGGAAGUACACGUGCAUGGCCCAGACGGUGGUGGACAGUGCAGCCAAGGAGGCCACGGUCCUGGUCCGAGGUCCCCCAGGUCCCCCAGGAGGCAUGGUGGUAAGGGACAUUGGUGACACCACUGUCCAGCUCAGCUGGAGCCGUGGCUUUGACAACCACAGCCCCAUUGCCAAGUACACCCUGCAAGCUCGCACUCUACCUGCAGGGACGUGGAGGCAAGUUCGGACCAAUCCCGCCAAUAUCGAGGGCAAUGCAGAGACCGCCCAGGUGCUGGGCCUCACACCCUGGAUGGACUAUGAGUUCCGGGUCAUAGCCAGCAACAUCCUGGGCACCGGGGAGCCCAGUGGGCCCUCCAGCAAAAUCCGGACCAAAGAAGCAGCCCCCUCAGUGGCACCCUCAGGGCUCAGCGGAGGUGGUGGAGCCCCUGGUGAGCUCAUUGUCAACUGGACGCCCAUGUCCCGGGAGUACCAGAACGGAGACGGCUUCGGCUACCUGCUGUCCUUCCGCAGGCUGGGCAGCUCCAGCUGGCAGGCCGCCCGGGUGCCCGGCGCCCACACCCACUACUUCGUCUACAGCAACGAGAGCGUCCGGCCCUACACGCCCUUUGAGGUCAAGAUCCGAGGCUACAACCGCCGCGGGGAUGGGCCCGAGAGCCUCACUGCCCUCGUGUACUCCGCCGAGGAAGAGCCCAGGGUGGCCCCCACCAAGGUCUGGGCCAAGGGGGUCUCCUCCUCAGAGAUGAACGUGACCUGGGAACCUGUGCCGCAGGACAUGAACGGGAUCCUCCUGGGCUACGAGAUCCGCUACUGGAAAGCUGGGGACAAAGAAGCAGCGGCUGACCGUGUGAGGACAGCAGGGCUGGACACCAGUGCCCGAGUCACUGACCUGCACCCCAACACCAAGUACCAUGUGACAGUUCGGGCCUACAACCGGGCGGGCACUGGGCCUGCCAGCCCUUCUGCCAAUGCCACGACCAUGAAGCCCCCUCCACGGCGACCUCCCGGCAACAUCUCCUGGACUUUCUCGAGCUCCAGUCUUAGCAUUAAGUGGGACCCUGUGGUCCCUCUCCGAAAUGAGUCUGCAGUCACUGGCUAUAAGAUGCUGUACCAGAAUGACCUGCACCCAACUCCCACGCUCCACCUCACCAGCAAGAACUGGAUAGAAGUUGCAGUUCCCGAAGACAUUGGCCAUGCCCUGGUGCAGAUUCGGACCACAGGGCCUGGAGGGGACGGAACCCCAGCGGAAGUCCACAUCGUGAGGAAUGGAGGCACCAGCAUGAUGGUGGAGAACUCUGCAAUGUGCCCAGCCCCACACCCCGGCACCAUCCUGUCCCACUCCAUGGCGAUGCUGGUCCUCAUAGGCCACCUGGAGCUCUGACCUCGGCACCCUCCCUCCCCCACAGCCGGACACGCCUCUGAUGGAUGCAGCCAGCUGGCCCGGUCCCUUCCCGAGGCCAAGGUGGCCCCACACUGUGCCUGAGAAUGGCUGGUUUUCAAUACCUACUGUAGACAGUGCCCUUUUAGUAGGAGGUAGAAUAUUUCAUAUUCUGCCACAGGAUAGAACCCAUGUGAGGAUUUUUUUUUUAAUCAAGAGGCACCAGGCAGUAACUUCCAUGAUGAUAUGGAACCCUAUGCCUGGGCCCUCUGGGGUGCCUGGAUUGGGGGAACAGGCCUAUGGGAAGCAGGAGAUCGAAAACAUCUACACAUCUGUGGAGAUGGCACCCUGGGACCGCAUAUGAACCCUUUCACCGGAGAGCAGAGUCCCAGACCCAGCAGGAGCCCUGGAUCUGACCGGGCUGAAGUGGGACAAAGCAUAAACACGAAUAUCCCUCAGUCUAAGGAGAGAACCAACCCU